AUGGCUGCCCCGACCCCUCCAGCAGAAGAGGUCAUCCUCAUCCCCCAGUCCUUUUCGUCGCCAACACAUUUUCAUGAAAUCGUUGAUCGUUACAAAAAGCUUCGGCUCCAAGGGCUCCAGGUGGACCCGAAUUCAUUUUCAUCGACCUACGCCGAGGAAUCGCAAUUCCCCGCCGAGACAUGGCAGUCCCGGAUCGCGAAUCCCUCAGGCAAGACAUUCAUCUCGGUGAUGGAUGGCAACAAAUCACCAGAAAACACCGAAGAGAAUAUACUGGAACCUUCAAACUUGAAAGAAAACCAAGAAUCACCCAGUCUCGCGCUCCAGAAAUUAUUGCAAAAGGAGUGGAUGGGCCAGAUUACAAUUCUGGGACCAGAGAUAUUCCUCAACCCAGAGGAAUCCCUGGAGGAAACACCAAACAGGCGACCAUGGGAUAUAUUUAUUAAAGAUGGGGGUUACAGCAUCCCUUGCACUCCCCCGCACACCCUUAAUCUCGAUGGUGCCCAUAUCGUGUACCUAGUCGUGGGCAUGUUCGUUUUGCCGCAGGCUCGAAGGAGAGGAAAUGCCCGCCGCUUGCUUGAGGCUGCGGUGCAGGCUGUGCGAGAGGAAGGCCGAGCUCGGGGUGCAAGAGCUGCGAGUAUUGUACUCCAGGUUGAGUCGGGGAUUGACAAUGCGCAGCGGUUGUAUGGUCGGGUCGGAUUUCAGGCGUGGGGGACUGUGGUUCUGCAAAAUAGACACGGGAAGCCCUCGCCUAUGGUAGCCAUGGUGAAUGAGGUUGGUUUGGCUGAUUAG